AUGGCUACUUCCACCGAGGCUAUCACUCAUUCCUCCUCUCAUACCACUCCUGCCGUGACGAGACGCCGGUCCUCCUCUCAUUCUACCCAGAAGAAGCCAUGGCAGCAAUCAGGACGACCUUCCUUUCACUCAAGCCAUUCUCGGCCCACAGCAGAAGAAAUUCAGCACUUGUCGCAUCAGACCAGUCGGUCAUCCAAGCGACAUGUUCAGGCGUGGUACAAGAUUCGUUGGUUCAGAGGCAUGAUUGACGAUGUGAAGAGACGGGCGCCUUUCUAUUGGAGCGAUUGGCGAGAUGCCUGGGAUUAUAGAGUGGUGCCGGCGACCGUAUAUAUGUACUUCGCAAAUAUCCUCCCAGCAUUGGCGUUCUCUCUCGAUAUGUUCACCAAAACGCACAACUCCUUUGGGGUCAACGAAGUUCUUCUGGCUUCUGUCCUGGGCUGUGUGGUGUUCUCGCUAUUUGCGGCACAACCUCUGGUCAUUGUUGGGGUGACAGGUCCUAUAACGGUGUUCUCCUACACAGUAUACGAUAUCGUCGUACCUAAAGGAAUCAAUUACUUUGCCUUCAUGGCUUGGGUAGGUAUAUGGUCCUUGAUUAUGCAUUGGAUCCUUGCCAUUACCAACAGCUGCAAUGCCUUGACCUAUGUCACGAGGUUCAGCUGCGACACCUUUGGAUUCUACGUGGCAUUUAUUUACCUACAGAAAGGAAUCCAAGUGUUGACGCGUCAGUGGGAAUUGGCCGGAGCUGAAAGUGCAUAUCUCUCAGUCAUGGUGAGCCUCCUUGUGUUGGGCUUUGCCUAUGGUUGUGGUAUUCUCGGUGAAAGCAAUCUUCUCCAAAGGCACGUGAGAAAAUUCAUCGAAGACUACGGUACUCCUUUGACCAUUGUUUUCUUCACCGGGUUCGUGCAUUUCGGCCAUAUGAAAGAUGUCUCCGUCGAAACUCUUCCAACCAGCAAGGCGUUUUUCCCCACGGCUGAUCGUGGUUGGUUUGUCCAUUUCUGGGAUAUCGGAGUUGGCGAUGUUUUCCUAGCCAUUCCAUUUGCUAUACUAUUGACCAUCUUGUUCUGGUUCGAUCACAAUGUGUCCUCUCUUAUUGCGCAAGGAUCAGAGUUUCCUCUCCGGAAACCACCAGGCUUCCACUGGGAUAUUUUCCUCCUUGGAUUGACCACCGGCGUUGCUGGUCUCUUGGGGAUCCCAUUUCCCAACGGUUUGAUCCCACAAGCACCCUUCCACACCCAGUCCCUCUGCGUGACUCGCCAAAUCACGGAUGAGAAAUCUAAAGGACUCAUUCGUGUGACGGACCACGUGGUGGAACAGCGCGUUAGUAAUCUGGCACAAGGUCUUCUUUUCCUUGUCACCAUGACCGGACCGCUCCUCAUCGUCCUCCACUUGAUCCCUCAGGGUGUCCUCGCUGGGCUUUUCUUUGUGAUGGGCAUGCAGGCCCUCGUGGGCAACGGGGUCACGCAAAAGAUGCUUUUCUUAGCACGAGACCGCGAGCUCACUGACGCGAACGACCCCUUGGCCAGGCUUGAACGAAGAUCCUCGAUCUGGGUGUUCGUGGCGAUUGAGCUGAUAGCCUUUGGUGCAACCUUUGCAAUAUCUCAGACCAUCGCGGCAAUCGGAUUCCCCGUCAUCAUCUUUGCGCUCAUCCCUCUCCGCACAUGGUUAAUGCCGAAAUGGUUCCGAGAUGAGGAGCUAAGAGCCCUCGACGCUCCCACAGCAGGUCCGUUCGUGAUGGAGAGCGUUGGCGGAGCGUACGGAGAAAGUGGGACGACUACACCAGACCUCAAUUCGCCCGACGAUACGGCCGUGGUAGAGGAUAGCCUCGAAAGAGGUGAGAGUUAUGAGCUAGGGAAUACACAUGCUACUUCCUCCGGCGGGCGUUCGCGGCCACGAAGGCCGUCCCAGGGUCAUGUUGAGUAA